AUAUAUUAAGGUUCUAUUGAUGAGAAACUAAGCCAAAACUAUGGGUUCGGAAGAUGAUGAUGAUGAUGAUCGGACCUUCGGUGUCACCCGCAGGAUCAUGUUGGCGGCGGUGGGAUCGUUGGUCGGAGUGGUGAUGCUCAUGAUCUUACUUCAUCUCUAUGCAAGGUAUCUUCUUAGACGCCAAGAACGGAGACGUCAAGCUGAACUUUAUGGUUCGAGAACCGAUCAAAGUGCACCAGUCGGUGAAAUUCGCAUUGUCGAAUCACCCAAGACGGGGCUCGACCCUUUGGUUAUAGCUUCAUUGCCGAUGUUCACAUACGCUGGUCAGGUCGAUGAGCCGAAAGAAUGCUCGGUUUGUCUAGGGAGCAUCACGGAGGAGUCCAUUAUUAGGCUUUUACCGAAUUGUAACCACGUAUUUCACGUGCAGUGUAUAGAUACGUGGCUUGGGUCACAUACGACUUGUCCCGUAUGUCGCACUGCGGCUGAGCCGACGGUUCAGCUGGAGGACGUCGAGUCGGUCAAUAGUGUUCGACCGACGGCUCCUCCGAUAGAGGAGCAUGCGUCCCAUAGUGCUGCCCAAGUGGAAAAGGACGGUGGACCAUCGGGUUCAGGAUCAGGAUCACGAUUUGGUUCCUUCAGAUGGAUGCUUGGAAGGCAGAGAUCAUCAAACAGGAUUCAAAACUUUGAAGAUCAUGAAAUUGGCGGUGCUCAACAUUUGGAGAGGUAAUGAGCAUAACUAUCAU